AUGAAGGUGCUACUCUUGGCCCCGUACUUCUUCAUCCACGUCGAUCCAAUCAAGAUAUCCGAGACAUUCAACCACGAAGAAGAAAACGACAUUCAAAAACUCUCAUCGUUAAACUUGGUCCACAACUACUUCACCACCCAUACAGAACUCGAACCAACGGACUUGCAACCAAACUCAAUCCAACAUAUAUCAUCAACAAAAUCCGUAAUAUUCAACGAGCACAUCCUAAGCAAAGACCAACCCGCCUACAUAGAAGUCUCGUAUCAAAACUGGACGAUCCAAGCAACGCCACCAUUGGGAGGCACCUGGCUCUCCACCACAUGGCAACCGAUCCUGGACUGCGUCACCAACUACGCCGGCGACAAGGCCUCCUACCGCCAAACAUGGUUUCUCGAACUCGACAUUGGCUACGAUGCAAGACUAAGCUACUCGGGCUACUUUAUCAAUUUCGCGCCGCUGUUUAAACAUGAAUUUAUCGUGGGCAACGGCUUGGGCGGCAGCUACACGUGCGAUGUGAACCCGGGCAACACUUUGCAAUUCGCCGUUAUGUACAAUGUAUAUUUGGUCGAUAAUGUGGUGUUUAGAAGAGUUUUCGGUGGUGGCGGUGGUGGCAGGCAAAGGCUCAGGUUUGGCAACUGGCUGCCCUUUGCCAUGUUUGAACAAUUGCGGCAGGGUGAGGUCCAGUUGGCGUGUUUUACUGAUGAGAGGUUCUUGCGGUGUAAUACUCCCGUGUUUGAUGUUGUGCGAGAACGAUUACGUGAUACUUUCAAUUUACCAAUCGGCGCUGAGCCAGGGUCAACUCGAAACCGUGUCCAUGGCGCCCUAUCGAAAGGAGGAAAUUAA